AUGAUCACAUAUUUUCGUACUAUUUUCCUGGGUGCUCCGUUACGUACACUGCAACCUGAAUUUUGUUUUGUCACAGAACCUGCACGUUCAACCACCGAUUGUCCACACCAGUACGGUUUUUACCCUUCAUUGACUAAAACCGGACCAGCUGAUUGCGGCGCGUACCGUAUGUGUAUUGAGGGUGUCUCCUCAGAGAUGACUUGUCCAGUUGGCCUCGCGUUUAACUCAGAGCUAUCCAGAUGCGACUGGCCAGAUCUAGUCCCUUCUUGCGAUGCUGAUGCGUAUCUUGGUUUCAAGUGCCCUGAUGCACCUCUUGACACGAAUGGCAAGCCUAAGAUUGUAAACUAUAAGUGUCCAUGGGCGACGGUAAUCACUUACCAUCAGGUGAUCCAUCCACAGCCGUUUAAAAAAUUACCACUUCCAAGAUCAAGUUUUACGGAUGUGACCAAACCUACGAGUAAGCCGAUAGAUAUUCAAAAUUUUAGGGAAUCAAUAGAAACUAAAAGUCAAGAACCCUUAUCCACUAUUGCACCACUACCAAAUAAAAAUAUAAACAUAUCACAUUUGGGAUCACAGUCAGUUUCUCUUCCUUUAGGACAACAGUUAAUUGCUUCUAAAUCAGAUACACCAGCUAGCGUUGCACCUACUGAUAUUAUUAACCAAGAAAAACAAGUAAAAGAAUAUGAAGUAACUACAAAUGACCCGACACAAGUUGAUGUACCUCAGAUGAAAAUUGUUGAAUAUUAUGUACCAGAAUUAAUUAAAAAACUGCAGCCUCUCAAAGAGAAAUAUUACAAAUCAAAUAUACUGUCAAAGACUGUUGAUAGGACAGUUCAAAGUGCUAAUGAAAAACAUGAGAUCAACUUUAUCAAUAAAAAGGAACCAGAAGUUAUCAAUGAACGAGACCCAACAGAUUUUGUUUCUGCAAAACAAUCUAAAAUCCUUAUAAAUCCUGAAAAUGUGGAACAAUCUGAGCACCAGAUAAACCAAUUACGAAAUAUACCAACAUUACCAUCACCGACUAUCAUCCCGCAAUACACAUAUACACAACAAUAUUCGACACCUGUAGGUAACCGUCAACGCAUCAGGCAAAGAUUUUCGCCUACGAUACGACAGCCUCUAAUUUCUUACAAAUCCAAUAAACUGGAACCCAUCACCCCCAUACGACGCACAGUACAAUCUGCAACUACCGAACAAAAGCCAGGUGAUUUGAAUUCAAUACAAUUAUUUGAUUAUAAAUGCCAAAACGUUAAUGGAUACUACGGUAUACAAAACGAAUGUGUCAAUUACAUUGAAUAUGAUUUGCAGCCGUCUGCUGCAUGCCCUAGCCCAUUCGGUCUCUUCCCAAUAUUUGAUGACGAUUGUAGCACAUAUACCAUGUGCUAUGAAGGAAAAGCUAACAUCAUGAACUGCCCUCAAGGGCUGGUGUUCAACAACGAGGAGAGCGCGUGCGACUGGCCUAUUAACGUCCCAUCGUGUAAACCGAAAGUGUUUCGAGGAUUCACAUGUCCAGCUGUGCCUGAAGACGAUGAUGUUGACAUGAUCUAUAAAUACAAGUAA